AUGUCCGCCCGAAGACUGAUCGAUAUACUACAGCGCCAUGCUUCCGCUCAUCAUUUACACCUGACAAGCAGGCGGUUCUUCAUCGGACCGAUACCUGAAGGCUGGAUCCAUGGACACCGCAAAUCCUGGUACAAAUCUCGGCUGCGAUAUAAAAACUACACCUCCCACACAUUGUCGUUCAAUGCAAAUCCAGUUUCUACUCACUACAGUCAACUUGGCGAGAACCAGAGCCAAGAUCAAAAUCAGGCUGCUCUCUCGCCGCCUACGUUGGAGGAGGUCGCUCUUACAUUCACUCAUACCAAUGAAGAUUCUGGAACCGAACCGGAUGACACAGAAGCCGAGUUAGAAUACGAGCAAGAGUCAAGCGAUGGGCCUACGGGCGAGCUUCGCACUCUUACUCACCCUGAAGAAACACAGGAAACAGAGCCUACAGGGAUCGAGACGGAGGCAGCGGAGCAAAUCGAAGAUGAAGGGCCUUCAGACCAUGAUAUCUCAGAUGAAGAUUCCAAUGCUACGCCGAGAGCAACAUCAAGAGGACAGGAGCAGGUGUACGACAAUACGAUUGGAUCUUCGUCUUUUGUGACCGCCAGAGAAUUUGAAUCUAGUUCCGCAGAAACAGAUCAAACGUCAUCUACGAUACAUGCUCCAGGAUUGCAGAUUCCUAACCAGCGACCUCAAUCGCAAGCAUCGCAGGCCGUGAGCUUUGCAGGCCAACACGGCCAGAGUCCGUUGAUAACUACCAAUUCUGCCGCAAUAAGCGACACCGAAUCUACUACGCCGUUGUUCAAAUCGAAAGUCAAAGAGCAGCAGAAGUUGAAGAACAAAUCCAGCAAGAUUUCUGGCACAACCCGGUUCACGCUGGAGCACCAAGAGCCCCAGAAUGAGGAUGAAGCGCGCCAAGAAAGUUUUGAGCCUGGAAGGAACGUGCCCCAGCGAUUGACCAGGAAAGUUGCGAAAUACAACGCGAAACAUAUGAAAGACAAACAGCAAAGGCUUCGCUCUCGUAUCGCCAAGACCGGAGAUACCAUUGCCGCGAACCGUCCUCGUCGACGAAAACUACAGGAUGGGGAGAUUGUCAAAGCUGAGAGAAUGCUUGUUAGCGUUCAAGAGACGCCCAAAGAGGAUUUGCCUUCCGAUUACAGUGAGAAUGACAGCUUCCGGAUGGACACUCGCAAUGUGGAUAAGUGGCGAGAGUAUUUGGUUGUCUGUCGGAAGAGUUCGGCGGAGCACGCACCCUUUGCUCUGCAAAUGUAUCGCACACGCGUAAUUCCUGACGCACAGAGGAUCAAUAACAAAACCCGCCCUUACUACGAGAUCCAGUUAAAUCACAGGAACACUAAUGUCAACCUCUACUCUGCUCUUGAUAAGACCCUCGUGGUCUGGCAUCCUCGCAUACGCGGCACCAAAAUCUACAUCAUCCGUCCUAAGUCAACUGCUCAUGCUUCUGAAUGGUACACUUUUAUUCGACAAGUGCUAGGCUGGCAGCGGCCAACCAAGCUACCUAUCAACGUACCUGAUCUUGGGAUUUCUUUGGUAUUCAAACAUCCGUUUGAACGACUCGAGGCUCAUCUCGGAGCAACACAUGAUGACAAUCGCCACACUACGCUCGUGACUCGAUCUACGGCGGACGUGAGGUACGCCGCCAAAUCCAUUAUCCGCGGCUGUAUGGAACUUCUCGAGGGCCGCCCUGAAUGGGCAGAUGUUCUGCGCGCUUGGUCUAAGACGGAGAAAAUGGGUCUUGCCUGGAAACGGUAUGAUCGUUUAGAGUGGAUCUUCGGGUCUAAUGAGGAAAACAUGUACGGGACGAUGGCAAUGGAAUCGUCGCAUGAGCUUGAACUGCGCCCUCGCCAUCAUUAUUCUACCACGAUAAAGCAGGCAGGCAAGAAGGAAGAGGAGCCAUCGCCGGUCGAGGGAUUCUUGAUCCGACUUACCUCUCAGAAGGGUGUGCAUCAAAGAAAGAACAAGAUGUUUUUCAAGCGAUUGUACUUCUUCACGCAGGAUCAUUACUUGUUGUUCUGUAGGCCAGCCAAGGCUUGGCCGCCAACUCCGCCGAAGCUUAUUCCGACAGGCGAGGAUGAGAGUGUACCAACCUAUCGCCAACUCAUGGAUGAGAUGCCGAAUUCUUGGGAGAUCAAUCCAUACCCAAUCCUGGAUGGUGACAUUGCGUGGUUGUCAAGCGGAAACCCCGAUUUUGUUCAAAGGCAUGACGAGGAAGCUUAUGCCCAAUUGCAAAGAAACGUGCACAAUACCAGUCGUGCAGAUGGUUAUAUCGAUCUUUGUCGAGUGAAAGAGGUGCGCCGUAUUCAGCGCGGGAGUAGUCCCGCGGACCCUAAUAUCUCAGAAGGUCCCGCUGUGGACUUCCAGCCGGAAGCAGCAGACUCCAGACGAGACGACGGUUCCACGAAGCAGUUCGACGACGACAGAAUACUCGAACUGGAGUUGGACAAUGGCCUAGUGGUUCGCUUGCAGGCGUACGACACUGCCUCUCGAGAUGAGUGGGUCAAGCGGCUGGAUGCAUUGGUGAAAUAUUGGACCAUACGCAACGCGGACGAUUUUCACGAGCUCCAGGCCGUGCGACAACGGAACCUCAAGUUGCUGGACAUCGAUGAGGAAAUGGAGUCAAUCGUCGGGCAAUUCGCGAAGAAGUGGGAGGUGAAGAAGGCCGAGGCCUCGCCUCACCUCCACAACAUUUGCUCGUUAGUGGGCUGUCGCACGAUCAAGAUGUCUGGCCAUCUGUAUCGCAAACCGCGUCGGCAUGCUACUUUUACCCGAUGCAAUGUGCUCCUUACUGCCGGGCAACUUCUUGUCUUCCGGAGCACGCUGCGCAAAGGGAAUGGCGUUCAGAUCCCACACAUCCACCAAGAGCACGAAACGACUAUCGACCUUCGAGACUGCUACAUUUACUCUGGACUCGCCACUGAGUCUGAUUUGCUGUACGCCAACCAGACAUUCGAUAGCAAUAACCCAGGUCUCCACGCUCUGCCGCGAGUGUAUCUCACUUCGGGCACCUACACCAGCCGCGACGAGGAUACGUCUAUCACUUUUGUUAUCUGGCAACCUCUCAGCAAAAGCUUUUUCCGCGCCCAGGAGAAAGGAGCAAAGGGCGAAGCCAAGCGCUCUCUCCACCAUGUCUCCACAUUGGGCAAGCACGGUCGUACCAUCGUGUUCAAGGCACGCAGCCGCGUCGAGAAAGACCGCUGGGUGCUGAGUAUCUCGUCAGAGAUCGACAGACUUCAAGAAGAGAGACAGGAAGACAUCCGCAUUGUUUCUCUAUAA